AUGGGACAUCUGGGGGAUAAUUUCAAUGUGGGAUUCGAGGUUUUUCCACCUAGAAAGGAGAAUCAUGAGAGCAGUGAUGAGAAGUAUGGGGCAGAAGUGAAUUUUGAAGCAGCCAACAUUCUACCUGAGUUCAUACAUAAGUGCAAUUUUAUUGACUUGCCAUUGGUGGGUGGCACCUUCACAUGGAUGAAGGGACAUGUGAAUUCCUCUGCAAGCAGGUUGGAUCGCAUUCUGGUUUCUCCAGAAAUAUUAAGUUCUUUCCUAUCGAUUAAUCAAGAGGCUCUACCGAUGAGCCUUUCAGACUAUAACCCGAUAAUGAUAAGAGAGAAGGCGUCGUUAGGGAGCCCUCGCCCCUUCAAGUAUUUUUCAUAUCGGGCGGAUGAGCAGUCAUUCGUGGAUACCAUUAAAAAGGUCAUUGGUGAGCACCAAGGGAUAAAGGCAUGGGAAAUGUUACGUGUAGUUAAGAUGGAGGCAAAGGAGUGGAAUACUAAUUUUAGGGCAAACAAAAAUGGUAAAACCAAAGAGAAGGAAGAAAAUAUUUCGCGCUUGGAAGACCAACUGCUAAGAACAAACAAUAAAGAGGCAGUGGCAAGCGAGAUCAAUUCUCUUAAAGCGGAAUUAUGGGCUAUCUAUAGGAAGGAGGAGAGAGUGUGGAUACAAAAGUCUAGCCUCAGGUGGUUCCAUGACGGCGACAUGAACACAAAGUUCUUUCAUACGGUCUUAAUCAUGAGGAAUAAACAAAAUCAGAUUUCGGCAAUUCAAGUGGAUAACCAAUUGAUAUCGGAUCCUAAACACAUCUCUAGGAUUUUUUUGAGACAUUUUCGUGGUUCAUACAACGAACACCCAACAACACCAGUAAAGUGGGUUGAAGGAGACUUUAAAAAAUUGAGUGUAUCUUCAUCAAUAGCAUUAGAAAUUCCGUUUUCAGAAGAAGUCUGGUUGGCCAUAAUCACAGCUGAUGGAAACAGAGCCCGGGUCCAGACGGUUUUAAUUUGGACUUCUACAAAAUAUUUUGGCAAGAGUUAA